UCCUGUAAACAGCAGACCUUUUUGUCCUUGAAAAAGAAAAAAAAAAACACUAGCAAGAUGAUGGGAUUCAAAGGGAUCCUGAAGAUACUUAUGGUCAUCUUCAACAUUGUGAUCUUUUUUGCUGGACUGGCAUCUCUGGUCAUCGGAUUUCGGGUCGUAAUUAACAAGAAGAAUGCAUUUGGAACGGUGGAUAACAUUGAAGAACUUUCCCCACAAUUAUCAUAUCUGGCUAACGCUGGCUACCUGCUGGUGGCUGUUGGGGCUGUACUCACCUUCAUUGGCUUCCUGGGCUGCUGUGGAGCCUUCUGGGAGAAUCAGUGCAUGCUCAUGAUCGCAGAGAAACUGCUGAAUAACAUUCAAGAAAAAGUUACUAGGAGCAUCCAGAAGGGCUACGGUGAAAACGACAUCAUCAACACUAUGUGGGACGAGACGAUGGCUCUGUUGAAAUGCUGUGGGUACAACAACUACACCGACUUCACUGGCUCCCCGUAUGUAAACCACACCUCACAGUACCCCCAAUUCUGCUGCUCUACAGGAUCCGGGAAGUGUGAUCUUGGAAAAGCAGAAUCACAGAAAGUGAACGGCUGUUUCGAUGUUGUGGUGGAAAGGGUGAAGAAUAACUCUGCUUUGCUAGGGGGCAUAGCUGUUUGUGUCGCUGCUAUAGAGGUCGGCUCAAUGAUCGUGUCUUUUAUCUUGCUUAAGUAAUGAACCUGGAAUCUUGCAGAUGUAAGCACUGACCUCUCACCGGACCAUGUGAUGAAUAAUGAAAGCGAUGCACGGUUAUCCCACACCUUAUAAAUUACAAUGUGUAAAAAAAGAGCUUUUGUUGUAAUUCUGUUAUGUUUCAUUAAAAACUUCAUAAAAACAAACUGUGUUUAACAAAAUGUUACACUUUGUUUAAUUGUAUUUUUUUCUUUUGCAAGCUUUUUCUUUAUCAUUCAACUGAAUGGUGUAACACUCAAAACAGCCGUUUCUCAGGAAGUAUAAGUGUGAUGGAGUUGAAAUUUGGCCAUGCUAAUCUGUAAGUGAACGUCUAACGAUGACUGGGUUACAUGAAAACAUGGCCACUAUCAGCCAAUCAGCUUCCAGCAGUGAUUUCACACUAUAAACUCACCGAUUGAUUUGUAUUAUGGUUUAUUUGCACAUGUCACUUAGAUAGAUUAUCACAAAGACGUAUUAAACGGGUCAUUUUGGUGUUACAGGUCCACUGAGUCCUCACACUUUUUCUCUGGUCACAUUCAUUUCCAGUGAUCAGUAUUUUGGUGAAGUUUUGGAUUUGUGUAAUAUGUGAUGAUUUUCUGUUUUUGACUCCGACCCUACCUUGUUUGCCAAUAAACUUUUGCUUAUGGAUCCAUCUAAUGUCUCAGAUCCAUUUGUUCCAGCUGUUAAUGGCAUAACAAAUAAAGAUUUAUU